CCAAGCCCCGACGCCCGGCUCGACGCGCGCGGAGCGCCCCCAAGCCCGUUUUGGCGACGGGCCAGCGUGCCUGCGCCCGGUUUCUACAACCCGACGGAUAAUGGCGGGAGCUGGCUCACGCAAGUAGACGGCACCUUUCCUCCGGGCCAGGGCGAGGCAAUCAAUGUCGUCAUCUCAGGAGACUCAGACUCGACAGUGCUUGUCAACCAAGAGCCAGACGGAGGGCUUUUGAACUACUUUGUUUCUUUCGGGUAUUCGACAGAAUGUCUCGGUCAGCACGACGGCACUCCACAAAGAGCGGAUUUGGGGGACGGGAAUGGGUCUACUAACCAAACCGCUGAGAUACGGUGGGACUACGGGGAUCCCGAGUUGGGUACGUGCCAGGAGACGAUACAGGGUGGAAGCCAUUUCCGGUAUUGGAUACAGAAUGGGAACAGCAUGACACGUGCUGGUGCGGUGUUCAUGGCGGCAUCAUAUGAGCUUCCCGAAACAGACGGUCAUGACAUUGUGUUCAAUGGCUACAACCUGGGUCGAGACUGGCUCAUCGGCAAUAUCACCAACCAAACCCACAUUAUUCCCACUGCCAACGUCUCGAAUGGUACAUCGUACACAGGGCAGACGUCAUAUGACGGGUACACGUACGAAACAACUGCCCUGUACUUGUACGGAUACGCGCCGAACACGAGUUACGCCGUGAACCACAACCUCACGACGUCCAACAACGUGACAAACUCGGACGACGGCUUCAUUGCGGUGCUCACAGUGAAGAUCGUCACGGCGCCCCAGAACUCGUAUGUCUUCAUGCCACGAAAUGCAUACGGUAUGCCUGACGUUCUGGUGCCACAGGGGUGCAAUCUCAUGGCGAACAGCAUCACCAUGGGCUCCGCUUGCUGCAGCAUCACAUACACUCAAGGACUCCCGCUAUCGCUGUAAUGAUACCUGACGACCUCGGCCCCGCUUGCACUGCAUUCUACGUACUCCAGGAGCUUCAGCACCUCUCCCAACCUCUGCGAUCCCCUCCCACCGUCCCGCUAGAUCCUCCUUGCUUACGUUGUUGUUGUUGCAUCUCGCCUCUGCCCCGCUCCCCUUGCUCUGUGUAUACCCGGACUUGAUGGACGGGCCGAGCUUCUUGUUUAUUGCUUUUCUUCUCUUUCUGAACCAGCACGACAUACAUCCACUACUACACCCUCACUGGCGUCCCGAGCCGAUGUACCCUAUACUUACCACCUACUAGAUACAGUCCUCUGCUGGACUUGGAGAAUGAAAAAUAUCGGACUCCUUCGAUUACAACAUGUUGAUGUGGUCUUACAGUAAUAUGUUUGCGAGCUGAGC